UGGCUAGCCCCGUGAGGAUACAAUGUUGAAGGUGGUUGAGAAGCUUAUCCAACUGUUGCGACCCAAAAUGUGUCAGUUUGCACAAUCCAACAAGAACAUAUCGAAGCAUUUGUUCGAGAAAGCUAGGGCAGAGGAGAACAUUCAUUUCCUUAAACUGCAAAGAGAACAGCUGAAGACGCUGCGGCAAAAGAUUCUCAGCCAGAAGAACGAAGUCACAACCAAGAUCAUCAAGGUGGAUAAGCAGAUACAAUCGAUGGAAAAGAAGGAAACCGACGGCUCGCAGAGGAACCAUGAACAAAAUUAAUAAAGUGUGGCAGAAAUCAUAA